AUGCGUGCGAUGAUGUACCGCGGGAUCAAGCCGACCAAGAUCUUCAGCAGCCCGGCGCUCCGUUGCAUCCAGACGGCUUGCUCGAUGGCUAAGCUCGCCAACUUGCCAGUUUGUGUGGAGCCGGGGCUGUUCGAGCCGUUUAUCUGGUAUCGUCGCGACGCCCAGUCGAAGCUGCCGGUGAUGGCGGCCAGCAAGCUGCGCGAGCUCGGCUACCCAAUCGAUCUGGAUUACCGGCCCGUCGUGCAGCACAGCUACUUUGAGAAGCACCCGGAGAGCGAGCUCGAGGGCCGCCAGCGCAACGAUAUGAUCCUUCGCACGCUCAGCACCUCGGUGGAAGAGGGCCCGGUGUUGAUCAUUGGCCACGCCAUCACCAUCCACACGGCUCAUUUUAUCAGCAAGCCCCACGUUGUGGACACGAAUUCUGACGAUGAUUUGACGUCGGUGGAGGACCAAUGGGGUACGGAGAGCGCCGAGCCGCUGAACACGUGCGAGCUGGGGCUGCGAUAUCCGCCCGGCUGUGUGGUUACGGUGGCGCGUGUCUCGGAUGGCCCGCCGGCUCAAUACCAGAUGAUCAACGGCCUCAUCCCGCCCCUUACAUACGGCCGCGAAUUCUCCAACCGCCCCGUCCACCCGAUU